GUUGUCACCUGUGUUGUCACAUUGCGCCGAAACUCCCGAACUCUGAAUGACUGUAUCGCAUAUUCGACUUUGAAAAAUCCCAUGACGUGAUCUGGCCGUAUUGCCUCCGGAGACUUUUGGGAGGCAGGAGCCAUUAAUUAAGAAAAAGAAGAAGAAGAUCAUAGGUUUGUGUCUUUUAUUCCUGUCCUGCACUAAAUUGGCGUUAUUGGCGUGCUAACCAACAAGUUUAUUUUGAGAGAAUCAGAAUUACGAAGAUUUAUUGCCGAGUUUAUUCACUUUUUCGUAUUCACGAAGUGGAAAAAUGUCGGACGACAAGGAAAAAGACGAAGAAAAACCUGUAGUGCCAAAAACAGCAGUGGAUCUGCAAAGAUUGAAACUAAUGAAAUUAAUGAAGAACGUUGAUAAACCGGUUAUACUACCGGAACGUCCGAAAGCUAAGAAUACACCUUCUGUACCAGAAUUUGUUCGUAAUGUUAUGGGUAGCAGUGCUGGAGCAGGUAGUGGAGAGUUUCAUGUGUAUAGACAUCUGCGACGUAAGGAGUAUGCACGGCAAAAAUUUAUUCAGGAGAAGGCAUAUAAGGAACAUUUAGAUGACGAAUACCAUCAGAAGUUGGAAGAGAAUAGAAAAUUGGCAGAGGAGGCAACGGCAAAGAAACGUGCUAAGAGAUUGAGGAAGAAGCAGGGACGUAAGCAGAAGAAACUUAUGAAAGCUAGCAAUAAGAAGGAAGACAAUGCCGUUAUGGACGAAAAGUAUAGUGAGGACGAUAGUACAGAUGAGAAUGAAGAAACUAAAACUGUAGAAAAUAGUGAAGUAACUGAAGGAAAUGACAGUUGUCCCAAGAAUGUAUCUAUGAAUGAAAGUGAAGGAACGUCAGUGACAGAAAAGGAAUCAUCAUUACCUGUGGGAAAAAAUCAAGAAGAUACGUUAAAGACACAAUCUGAGGUAUCAAGCGAAAAUAUUCAAUGUGAAGAUGGCACUUGAUAUGUAUAUAAAUAGUCCAAUAUCUCUUGUUGAAUUUGAGAUUGGAGUUUUCAUUGAAUCAUCUAAUGUGGAGUACACUCAGUCUAUGGAAAUACGAUUGACUGCACUCAUUUCUCCUGCUUUGAUCCACAAAGUCUAAAUUCAAUGAAGAAAUAUUGCUCUAAAUUUGAUCUACACUAGAGUGGAACUGAAUUGAGAGUUUCAGUGGAAACUAGAACAUUGAUAGAUUUUUUAAAGCA